AUGUUCGGCAAAAUUUUGAUUGUUUUAGUUGCUUUAGCAGCGACUGCUAGUGCUCAGAGCUGCUUAAGUUUUCUGUUCUAUACUACUGCCACAAAUAUUGUUACUUACUCAACUGCAAACUUAACAGGCAUUCUGACAAACCCAAACUUCAAUAGACAAAGAGUUACAGCACUUUACAUGUAUGGAUUCCAACAAGCAAUUAGCACACCAUCAGUAGUUCAAGUUCGUGAUGCCUACAUCCAAAAUGGAAAUCACAAUUUCCUUCUCAUGGAUUGUGACAGCUCAUACACUGCUGUUAACGCAAACAGCCUUGCCGAUGAAGUUUCCGACGUACUUUUGCAAUUCUUCAAUGUCGGUUAUGAAAGUUGGCAUCUUGUUGGAUUCUCUUUGGGUGCUCAAAUUGCUGGCAUGACUGGACGUCAUGUAAGAAGGAAGUCACUCAGAAGACACAGCGUUCCAAGAAUUACAGGCAUAGACCCAGGUCAACUCCCAAUCGGACUUUUUAGCGAUAUUAAUGCUGAUGAUGCAGCAUUUGUUGAUAUUAUUCAUGUUGAGACUGUACAUUUUGGAACUGUUAAUGCUGUUGGACAUGUCAACUUCUGGGUUAAUGGCGGUGUUACACAGCCAAUGUGUACUGGUGCUGUUGCUGUUGGUAAGUUGAUUGAAUUUAAAUUUUGGUUCUUGGAACUAACGAUGAGUUUCCAAUUUUCAGUUGUUGCCACAUGCAGUCACUUGAUGGGACCAACAUACUGGUCUGAAAGCCUCACAGCCAAUAAUCCAAACAUCUUUAGAGCACAACAAUGUGCGAGCUGGGAUGCAUUUGUUAAUAAUCAAUGUGUAAAUAACCCAACAUCACCGAUGGGAAUUGGAGUUAAUUUCAAUGCACAAGGAAAUCACUUCUUGAGAACAAAUCUUGUUGCUCCUUUCUCGUUAACAUAG